GGGGCCUGCAAGGGUACGGGUGCCUCGGGAGGAGAAGGCUGGAAGACGUGUCGCCCUCCCUAGUUUCUCAGCUUCUGUGUAAUCAGCUGACCUUUUGGAAACCGGGCAAGGGUUGUGGCUGGAUGCCUAUGUGAGACUGGUCUUCAGUAUGCCAUACAGAAGCAACAUGUUCCCAGCAUUGGAAGCAGAGCUGAAGCAGAAGACUCUUCCUGAUCCCUAUGAAGUCUUUAUGUACCAUCACCUCCAGUACUAUGGCUACUUUAAAGAUGAAAGAGGCAGUGUACCAAACGCGGCUACGCACCAGCAUGUUUGGAAGAAUAAACCCCGAUUUGUCUUGAGUGACUCUUUUGGGGGAAGAGAUGAUUUGAUACCAGACCACCUGGAAAAGGAGAACCUUCUAUGGCCUACCUGUCUAUCCUCAGCUGUACAUCAACAGACAGACGCUGUGAGCAAAGAUUCCUUUAUGCUGAGUUCGUCACUUCUCAGGAGCAGACUCCUUCUUCACGAUGAUUUUGGUGAAGUAAACCCAUGUCUUCGGGAACCCCAAGAUCUCUUUGCCUUUUACUCUUGCAGCGGGCAACUGCAGGUUCCCAGGUGGCCAAUAGAAUGCGAGGUCAUCAAAGAAAGCAUUCAUCAUAUUGGUAUGUCAGUUAUGUAUCAUAGUCUUGCUGUUCUGACAGACUUUAUUACAAAACCUCAUAGUUUUAAAUCCUAUAUGCUAAAGUACAAGGCAGGACAAAUUCAACACCUCUCAUCUCACCCCAAAAUGAUUAUCUCACCCUGGGAUACUGAAAUACACUCACCAAAGUCGAAAGUUACACUAAUGUGUAAAUUAGAAUGUUUCAGAGUCCAUUGGAAUGAAGGAUACCUUAUUGGAGAUAUCACAAGACAGAGGGGCGCAAAGAAUAUGCUGGAUGAAUGGGUUCUGACAGGAAUGUGGCUAAAUAUGUCUGUCUCACCUGCAGUGCCCACCAAAGGCUCCUAUUUCACCAGCUCCAGAGUGGGAGGCAAGCGGGGAGUGAUCAAGGAGCUCGCUGUCACACUGCAAGGACCAGACGAUAACACUCUCCUGUUUGAAUCAAGGUUUGAGAGUGGGAAUCUGCAAAAAGCUGUCAAAGUAGACACCUAUGAGUAUGAACUCACCUUACGAACUGACCUCUACACGAACAAACACACUCAGUGGUUUUAUUUUCGAGUUCAAAACACCAGAAAAGAUGCCACCUAUCGCUUCACCAUUGUCAACUUGCUAAAACCCAAGAGCCUUUAUACUAUAGGAAUGAAGCCACUCAUGUACUCCCAAUUGGAUGCCAACAUCUACAACAUUGGCUGGAGGAGAGAAGGAAAUGAAAUCAAGUACUACAAGAACAACACAGAUAAUGGGCAGCAGUCCUUUUACUGUCUCACGUGGACCAUUCAGUUUCCUCAUGACCAGGACACUUGCUUCUUUGCACACUUCUACCCAUAUACAUACACGGAUUUGCAAUGCUACCUCAUGUCGGUGGCAAAAAACCCUGUCCAGUCUCAGUUCUGCAAACUCCGCACUUUAUGCAGGAGCCUUGCAGGAAAUACCGUGUACCUGCUCACCAUCACCAACCCGUCCCGAACCACGCAAGAGGCUGCUGCAAAGAAAGCCGUGGUCUUGAGUGCCAGGGUUCACCCUGGGGAAAGUAAUGGCUCCUGGAUCAUGAAAGGCUUUUUGGACUUCAUUCUUAGCAACUCCCCAGAUGCCGAGCUCCUCAGAGAUAUCUUUGUCUUCAAAGUGAUUCCCAUGUUAAAUCCAGAUGGCGUGAUUGUGGGGAAUUACCGGUGUUCGUUGGCUGGCAGGGACUUGAACAGGCAUUAUAAGACCAUUCUGAAGGAGUCAUUCCCCUGCAUCUGGCACACCAGGAACAUGAUCAAGAGACUUCUCGAAGAAAGGGAAGUUCUCUUGUAUUGUGAUUUCCAUGGCCACAGCCGCAAGAAUAACAUCUUCCUAUAUGGCUGUAAUAGCCAUGAUCGCAAGUACUGGCUUCAUGAACGAGUCUUUCCUUUCAUGUUGAGCAAAAAUGUACCAGACAAGUUCUCUUUUCAUAGUUGUAAUUUUAAGGUCCAAAAGUGCAAAGAAGGAACAGGACGAGUCGUGAUGUGGCGGAUGGGAAUCCUGAACAGCUACACCAUGGAGUCUACCUUUGGCGGGUCCACCCUGGGCAAUAAAAGAGACACUCAUUUUACCACUGAGGAUCUGAAGUCCCUAGGCUACCACGUCUGCGACACCCUCCUGGAUUUCUGUGAUCCUGACCGAACCAAGUUCAUGCAGUGUCUAGUAGAGCUUAAAGAGCUCUUACAAAAGGAAAUUUAUAAGAAAUUCAAUGAACUUGGACAAGAUACGGAUUUAGAAAGAAGUUGGAAUGACAUCUCUUUCUCUGACAUCGAAUCCAGCACCAGUGGUUCUGACAGUUCCCUCUCAGAUGGUCUCCCUGUUCAACUCCUGAACAUAGCACAUGAGUUGCAUCAUAAGAAGAAGAUAUACAAGAAGAAAAAAAAGAAGCCACUUCAGACGAGGAAACAGCGAAAUGAACAGUAUCGGAAAAAUAAUAUGAUACGGGAGUUGAAGUCAACAGAAGAUGCCCUGAAAAGACCAGGAUUUACUUCUACGAUGCAAAAGCAGCCUUCCUUUUUAAAAUAUUCUGAGAACGCCAGUUCUUCAACAGUAAAAAAUGAAAGACCAAGGAUGAAUGAGUCACAGUUAAAUGGAAGAGACAAAGGCAUCUCCCUGGACCUGUCAAAAACAACUAGCUUGAUUCUGACUAAGAAUAAAGAAAGAAAGCAGACAGAAAAGCCAGGAUUUGCAUGCUCUUCAAAGAGAAGCACAGACACCGGCAAAGAGCCAGAUCCAGAUACGAAGCCACACUGGUCCAGGAACAGGUUUCUUGCCACCAAGAGAGGCCACACCACCGUGGCGGGGUACCCAUCCUUGCACAUAUACACAUUCCCGUAGGGCACCGGGACCACACUACAUGGUGCCUCCUUGGCAUGUUUUGGGUGAGACACAUUUGUAAUGAGGGAGCUGUGUGGUGGGUAACUACGCUUGGUGGUGGUGUACUGUGUUGUGCAUUCACAUGCACUGACCUUCCACUGUGUGCAUGCCUUCAAGAUGCACACCUCAUUCAUUAAAUUACUUUCCAUAACAUGAAGCUUCAUUGUGAUGUAUGGAAAAGCUUCCUUUAUCAGAAGUUCAAGUGUGUUCUCCUGGAACUAUAGACAGAAAUACCUUACUUUAACCAAUAGAUAUCCUGUCUAAAAUUAUGUGCAAAUCAAUUUUAAGUGAUAAACUCUGUUUUAAACAUAUUCUGUGAGUGUGCCAUGUUAAAAAUGUGUCACAACUUGCUAGUGAUGUCAGACUAUGGUAUCUCAGACUUGCUCAGGACGAGGUGUUCCCACAUAUAGAAAACAAUCCAUGUAUUACCCAAAAUUUAAUGUUGCAUAUAUUAUGUUCAACACAGUUAUGUAAGUUUUAAAACCCAUUUAUUAAAAUUAUUUCUCUAUAA